CCUCCCCGCUUUCCCCGCCCGCUGCUGCUACCCGGAGACCAGCUGCUGGGGCGGAGCCUGGCUCUAUUAAAGGGGGGGUGGCGGCUGCUUCUUCUCCCCGGGCCGGGAGUCAGGGGGAGGUGGAGGAGCUGCUGCGAAGUCAUGGCGAGCUACGUGGCGCUGAACACCAAGGCCAAGAUGCCCAUCCUGGGGCUGGGCACCUGGAAGUCUCCACCAGGGAAAGUAAAGGAUGCAGUGAUGGCUGCCCUUGAUACUGGAUAUCGCCACAUCGACUGUGCCUACGUGUACCAGAAUGAGAAUGAAGUAGGGGAGGGGAUCCAGCAGAAAAUCAAAGAAGGGGUUGUGAAACGAGAGGACCUCUUUAUCGUCAGUAAGCUUUGGUCCACAUUCCAUGAGAAAUCACUGGUGAAGGGCGCAUGCCAGACUACCCUGGAUGCACUGAAACUGAACUACCUGGAUCUGUAUCUCAUUCACUGGCCUUUAGGAUUUAAGGCUGGAGAGCAGCAGUUUCCUACAGAUGAAAAAGGCAUGAUCAUACCCAGUGGCACAGAUUUUCUGGACACUUGGGAGGCUAUGGAAGAGCUGGUGGAUGCAGGUCUAGUGAAAGCCAUUGGAAUCUCCAACUUUAACCAUGAUCAGAUUGAAAGACUUUUGAACAAGCCUGGGUUAAAAUACAAGCCUGCCAACAAUCAGAUUGAGUGCCAUCCAUACCUUACCCAGGAGAAGCUGAUUAAGUAUUGCCAAUCCAAAGGGAUCUCUGUGACCGCAUACAGUCCUCUAGGCUCUCCUGACAGGCCAUGGGCUAAACCAGAGGACCCCUCUCUCUUGGAUGACGACAAGAUUAAGGAGAUUGCAGCCAAGCACAACAAAACCCCAGCUCAGGUUUUGAUCCGGUUCCAUAUCCAGAGAAAUGUGAUUGUGAUUCCUAAGUCCAUUACACCGCUUCGUAUCAAAGAGAACUUUAAGGUGUUUGAUUUUGAAUUGACUAAAGAGGAGAUGGAAACCAUCCUCACCUUUAAUAGGAACUGGAGAGCCUGUGCAUUCACCAUGUGCUCAAAUCACAAGGACUAUCCUUUCAAAGCUGAGUAUUAAACCUGGUGGUGUCUUGCCAUUCUUCUUGACCUGUGGGAAUGGAUCACUUCUAUUGUUACUUCUAAUUUGUUCAUUUGUCCCUGUAACUGUCUUUCACAAUUGCAGCUAUCCUUCUGUAGCCAAAAAUAGACAUGCAGUGUAAAUGCUCAAAGGAAAUUAUAUAAGGAGUCUGAAGAACCAAACUCUGGAUAUCAUUUUGACCUCAUUAAAUGGGAGUGUCUUUACCUACGUGGCUGGCUGGGAUUAAUUUCGGUUGAACAGAAAAUGCAGUAGUUCAAAUUCUCUGUUCACACGUUCAGAACAGGUUGGAGUAUGACUGAGGUUAGUCUCUGCUCCCCUUUGGAAGAGUCAAUUUAGUCCUUUUCUGUUAAAUUUCUGGUUUUGGAACACUCCUUUGCCUUUUACUCCAUGGUGAAGUGCCAGUUGUAUGGAUAUUUACUACUCUGUGAACCUUUUUUGCCAGUAGAAAACUGUUUUUGCUUGGAAUAAAACAUCAUCUGGUUCCUA